UGAUUGUGCAUUGGCAUUGCCCUCCGUCCUGACGCGCCGAUCUCUGCGACCAUUCCGUGGCUGCUUGUUCAUUCGCAUCACAUCACAUGCAUCCAUGAAUUGCUCUGCUCCGGGCAACCACUACAAAACAGUGUACUGAGUUGAAGCAGCAUGAAGAAGCAGCGGAUCCUCUUCUUCGUCGUCGUCGUCUUCUUCUUCUUCCUCAUGGUGGCCCUUCCUGCUGAUGCUGAUGAUCCACAGGAGCUGCAGCAGCAGCAGCAUCGCUCGAGCAUCAGAUCCCUGCUCCAGGCUCCCCCGAAGAUAGACUGCCCGUCGAGUUGCGUGGUGCGUUGCGGCAACAACUGGAAGAACCAGAUGUGCAACAAGAUGUGCAACGUCUGCUGCAACCGCUGCAGCUGCGUGCCGCCGGGCACCGGCCAGGAGACACGCCACCUCUGCCCCUGCUACGACACCAUGGUCAACCCGCACACCGGCAAGCUUAAGUGCCCGUAGCCUAGCGCGUGCUAUGUAUGCUAUCAUCUUCAUGUUCUAUCAGCAGCUCCCUCUGCUCAAGAUGAACCUUUCAUAAUAAGAGCACUAGAUUCGUUGGGGAAAAUAGUCUGGUUCAACGUGUUCAGCUGCCAAAUAAAAGACAGGAUCUUGGUCAAUACCACCAGGUAUAGUUCAAAGUUCAAACCAUUUUCAA